AUGCCGUUGCCGGAAGUCAAGCGCAUCUUUUCCCACGCGUCCUCACAAAGUCGGUUGUCAGACCGAAAAUCGUUCCGUGACAUCGGAGCACCGCCCCGACCUGGAGCUCCAAUUUCAUCAGAUUCCAGUCAGGACUGCGUACGCAUCACCCCGGUUCGUCGGAUCGGCGAAGCGCCGACGGGCGAAUGGGCUGCCUCUGACGAGUUGUAG